GCUCACAGCCACACCCUAACCCUGACGUCUCCCGUUGCUUAAUUCUUCAGGAUUUCCUCACUACUGUUCAAGGCUGAGUCAUUUUUGCAGAAAAAUUUAUGCAAUGGUGUAUUCUUCAAGCGUGGUUUUGGACUCAAGGUCAAGCGUGUGGAAGGGCAUAUGGCACGCAGAGGCGCCGGUGACAUGCAGGAGCCUCGCGUGGCGGGCGUGCAGGGACGAGCUCCCCGUGAGGUCCCUGCUGGUGCAGAGCGGUCUGGUCGACAACGCCUUGUGCCCGAUAUGCGGCCGUCUCCCCGAGACGGUCACGCACGCGUUGCUCCUCUGCGAUGACGCGAAACUCGUGUGGUUCGCGUCGCCACUGGGGCUUAGGGUUGAGUCGUUGCGCGGCGUCUCGACCCUGUCACAGUGGAUCGAUCAAUAUUGUGUUGACACUUUGGACGACGAAGCGAUGGGCGUGGUGUGUGCUACCAUGUGGGCGCUGUGGCACAGACGCAAUGCGUGGGUUUUCCACAGCAAGGGAAUGGACUGCAUGCAGGUUUUGGCCAAGGCGUCGUCCAUGUUCGUGGUGGUUCCGGAUGGGCCUGAUGCGUGGGUUUUACCAUCAAGUCCCUAUGUUAAGGUCAAUUUUGCUGCUGCUGUGAAGGACAAUGUUGGUACUGCGAUGGGAAUGAUUUUCAGAGACUCUUUUGGCACAACUCGGGCUUCAGGUACAAAUUUUCUGGAAGAUGAAUGUUUUGAGCCCCAAAUUGCUGAGGCACUAUGCUACAAGUGGGCUUUAGAGCAAUCAGGGGACCUUGGAUUUUCGGAAAUUAUUUUCGAAACUGAUUGCCAAAAGCUAUACAUUCAGUGGAACCAAUUAAAACAAGGAAAAGCUAGUGAUGAUUCCUACCUUCAUUCACUUCUAGAAGAGUGCAUAAUGAUGAUCCAAGGUACAGGAUCAUCUCUCAGAUUGGUGCGUCCCACAGCCAAUAAAGUGGCACAAUGUUUGGCAGAUGUGGCUUUUGAUUAUGGUGAGAAAGUUUGGAUGGGGGUGGUGCCCGAGGAGGUGUCUUCCCAUUUACAAUCUGAUAUGGCAAAUGCCAAACUUCCAUGAUCAGUAAAAUUGCAUGGACAAUUCUAUCUCUCAUAAGGUAUUGUGUUGAGAUCAAAUUGGAGUUUGACUAUCUUUGGACCAUAGAUUUCUUUUAAUGCAUGUCUUUAGUUUAACAUUUUUUUCUUCUAUAUGAUUAUAAUUAGUGACUUUUGUUAUAUUUAGCUGUUAACAUUAUUAUAUUGGUGAUACAGUUAUUGUGGUAAAUCUUGAUUUUGAUGUGACUUGGGAUAUGGAAAGAUGGUUUUAAUUAAUAAUUAUACCCUAAAUUCAAGGGUUA